CCGGCACACUUCCUGGUCCUGGUCCCUGAGCAGGAUGGCUUGUCUUUUUCUAAAGAGGCUAACAUUACAAACCAUAAAGACCGAAGAUAAUUGCAUUAGAAGAUGUUUUGGUAAAUAUCUUAUCCAGAAUGGAGCACUCACACAGUUGCCCCUUACUGCUUCUAUCCCAAGAUCAUGCACUUUAAUUCAUACCAAAGCUUUUAGUACUGUGGAAGACCCUGAGAAUGAAAGAACCAAAGAAAAACAGGGGAAAGCUUCCUUUGGUAAUAUUGGCAGAAAAAUUCAUGACCGAAUUAUUCAUGUGCUUGAUGAGAAGGGCAAUGAUUUGGGGAAUAUGCACCGAGCAGAUGUGAUUCGACUCCUGAAUGAACGAGACCUAAGGCUGGUGAAGAAGAACACCAGCACACAGCCUCCGGAGUACCAGCUCAUGACAGGAAUUCAGAUCCAAGAAGAACGACUGCGACUGAGAGAGCUGGAAAAGGUGAAACCAAAAAUUGGACCUACACUAACAAAGGAACUAACUUUCUCUUCAAAUAUUGGAAAACAUGAUUUGAACACAAAGACUAAGCAGAUUCAGCAGUGGAUAGAAAAAAAAAAUAAAGUUCAAAUUACUAUAAAGAAAGCAAAGAAGGCAGAAGAGCCAGAAAAUAAAAUGGAGGAGAUCUGUAAUCAGCUCCUCCAGGCUAUGCCUGGUAUAGCUACUUUCUCCUCCCGGCCCCAGCCUGUUCGAGGAGGAAGUGCAGUCAUGUGUGUUCUUCGUCCUUUGAGCAAGAAAGAAGAAAAGGCCUACAAAGAAACACAAGACAUCCAGACUGGAGACCCAUUGAACAAGGAGCAUGAAAGUGAUCACAAAGCAGAUGUUCUGCAUCAGUGAUUUUAAUAAAAACAAAUGUUCUGAGAAAAAAAAAAUAA